AUGCUGCUACCAUCUAUUCACAAAAACUACUUGGCAUUGACAUCGAGUGGAGAAUGGGAAGAACUAAAGGGUUUUACAUCAAUCUUUCGCAACGAUGUCGCUCAUUGGACAUUGAAGAUAGCCGCGUCUCACAACUGUGGAGCUACAGAAAUGAGUACAGAGAAUGCAUCAUCUAAAAAUUGGGAGCUUACUUUAUAUGAACUACAUCGUAAACCACAAGAACCAAUUACUGAUGGUACAGUGAUUGCUGUUAGUCCAAGAAGUUUAAAAAGUGAAUUAAUGUGUCCAAUAUGCUUAGAUAUAUUAAAAGUCACUAUGACAACAAAAGAAUGCCUACAUCGUUUUUGUUCUGAAUGUAUUAUAACAGCACUGCGUAGUGGUAAUAAAGAAUGUCCAACAUGUCGUAAAAAGCUGGUCUCUAAAAGAUCAUUGAGAAGAGAUCCAAAUUUUGAUGCAUUAAUAGCAAAAAUAUAUCCAAGUCGUCAAGAGUAUGAAGCACAUCAAGAUAAAAUUUUGGCACGUUUAAAUCGGCAACAUUUAAGCGCUGCAUUAACACGUUCUCUUGAACAACAAUUAGGCAUAAAUGGUAGUUCGGCAGCUAAUACAACCAGCGGCGGUGGUCGAGGAAGAAGUACAAUUCACACUGGUGGACGUACACAGCACACAUCAGCAUCAUCAUCAGUUACUGGGAAUCCUUCAAAUGACAUGAAUCAUUCUACUGCCACUGCUACUGUUACUGGUCAUAGUGGAGCAAAUGAAGCAGGACAUACAGAUGUUGCAGUUAGUGAGGAGGAGACAUCAUCAAAUUUUGUCAAUAAUGAGAAUUGUUCAGGAAGGCGUAUUACCACCACAUCUCUACAUAGUAAUAAUCAAAUCGUGAAUAAUUCUGAUACAGAAAGUGGAAUGGAUACAAAUUCAAUUGGUGAAAACAGCUCCAUCUCUGACUUACCUGUGGUCCAUCAUCAUCAGCAUCACAGGAAUCCUACAUCAGCUGCGUUAAAUACUCUUACUACUCCCGCUUCUGCUAGUGCUGCUGCUACGACUACAACAACAAAUGGCACUGCUGGUACUUGUACUGGUAUUGAUCGGGAUCAUUUACAGAAUAAUACAUUACAUAAUCAUCAUAAUAAUAGUAAUAGUAAUAAUAAUAAUACAUCCACAUCAUCACCAUCUGUGUAUCCUGAAAUAGAAAUUUUGCUGAAACCACAUCCACGUUAUUGUUCACAGUAUACAACAAUGAAUACUCCGGCUAGUGCAUCGACUUCAUGUAGUCCAUCCACAUCAACAGGACAUCGUAAUCAUAAUCAUAUUCAUAAUAACAAUAAUAAUAAUAAUGCAGGUAUCCAUAGUAACAAUAAUUAUAUUGAUCAAGGGAAUGGUUUAAUUAAAUAUUUGAAAGCACCAACAAUCACUACAGUGGAUCAUCUCUGUGGAUAUUUAACUGUACGGAUUAAUCUUCAAAGAAUCAAUAGAGAUGUAUCAGAUGAAACUGUUCGAUUUGUCUUAUACAGUUAUAAUGAAGCUACAAAUACCUAUCAAUUAUUAGAUUCCCACAUGUCUAUUGAAGAGAUUAGUCGUGAUCAAUUUCAUGGAAUGAAUUGUCUUGAUUUAUAUUAUGCGCGUGAUGAUUUAUUAGAUGAUAAUUAAAGGAAUUUGAUGCAGUAAAACAAAUGUACAAGGAAAAAGCAUACACAUUGAACACGUUGAACAAUUCAUUUAAACGGCAAUAAUACUGAUAUUAUUUAUGCGUUAAACAAUAUACAUAUUACUAAUUAUUAUCUAAAUUGUAUAUUAUUCAUUCAAGUUAUAUUGUUGUUGUGUUUUUUUGUAUAGCACUGAAAUCUGUUUUGCUUUAUUUUUUAUAAUUUUUCUUUUCCUUUUGUCAAGUUUCACUUAGUUUUCAUUUUGGUUUAUCAUGUGCUUUAAGCGUGCAUGUGUUUGUGUGUAGUGCUGAUGUAUAAUUCAUGCCAUCAAAUUAUACUCACUUAAUUAUCAUCUUUGCCGUGAUGCGUGUGUGUAUGGGCGUGCGUGCGUGUACCUGUGUGUCUGUUUAAUCCUGUCUAUCCAUCGACCUGUCUAUCUAUCUAUCGAUCUAGGCAUCUGCCUGUCUGUCUAUUUAUAUACAUACACAUGGCUUAGAUGUGUCCUAUCGUAUAUGUCAUUAUUCUUUCAGUUUAUGCUCUCAUAUUUUGUACAGACACAUAAAUUAGUACAUUUGCCU